GUCUUGAGUCCAAACAAAGCGAAGUGAACGCCCGGCGAGAAGAACUUGCCCACGGCGAGGAGAAGCAAAAGCACCUGACGCGACUCCUGCGCGAAGAGCGGCAGGAGGAAGAGCGGCUAAGCAUGCGAGCUGCCCAGCUCAAGGGCAACUAUGAGCACCUCGUGAAGCAGCACAAAGAGGAGCAGUCGACGCUAGCCCGUCUCAAGGACGAACAGGCAGACUACAAGGCGAAGGUGAAGUUCCGGCAGGACGAGAUCCACGCGCUGAAGACUUCGAAGCAGAAGAUGGAGAAGAGUUUGGAGGCGUUGCAGAGCCUCAAGGACAAAGACGACGCUGAGUCGAGACGUCUGGAGGCCAAGACGACUGACAUGCGCGGGCAGGUCAAGAAACUGCAGGAGGACCUGGACAAGCAGAAGCAGGAUUCGGAGGCCCACGAAAAGCAAAUCACGGACCUCCUGCACGAGAGGGACAUCCUCGGCAAG